GCAGCUCCUCUUCCCCGCCAUAUCUGGGCAACCUGUCGGGGAGGAAGUGGCUUUACAGGUGACUUGGGAUGCUCAAUCAACGAGCUCUCGAGUCAUGCAGGCGACUUUCCGCUCCAUGCUUGACCACCUGCUGCCCUCUAGGAACGACUACUUCGUCGUCCACCAACGCUCAUCUCGUCCCUUCUUAGCCCGAGAGAUAUAAAUUAUGGCAUGCGUUAUCUUCAGAUUCCAUCAUUCUUUCACUGUUCUCCCUUGUAUCGGACACUAUGACGACUUUUACAAAGACAAGCGAAGGGACAAAUCCUGCAAUUCAUACCUCAGCGAAUCAUGUCAUUUCAGAUAUCAGUCCUCUCAUCUAUGGAGGGUUCACAGAGUAGGAAGACUUGACCUGACCUCGAUCUGGUUAUUUAUACUCACAAUUCAUAGACAUAUGGGACGCUGUAUAUAUGGUGGACUCUACGACCCCGAAAACAAGAAUGGCCUCAUUGACAAGAACGGAUUCCGCACAGAUGUAAUCGAGUGCAUGAAAGAAUUUCAAGUCCCUGUUGUUCGCUAUCCUGGAGGUAACUUCGUAGCCACUUACAAGUGGCUCGACGGAGUCGGCCCACGAGAGAAACGGCUGAAGAGACCGGAACUCGCGUGGCAGGGGAGCGAGUCCAAUCACUUUGGCACUGAUGAAUUCAUGGAAUGGUGCAAGAUCGUAGGUGCCGAACCUUAUCUCGCACUGAAUAUGGGAACAGGAACAUUGGAAGAAGCUCUCGCUUGGGUAGAAUACUGCAAUUCUGACAAGGACACUUACUACGCCAAUCUUCGUCGAGAAAACGGCCACCCAGAACCUUACAAUGUCAAAUAUUGGGGUCUUGGAAAUGAGAUCUGGGGACCUUGGGGAGUUUUGCCACGAAGUAAUUCCACAUCAGGCUGACAGUUUGUGAAGGCAAGUCGAACAAGAUACCAUGGAACACUAUGCCAAGAAAGCUCAUCAAUGGGGCAAAGGUGACUGACUCCUGGCCUAGUUAAACACAGAAGAAUGCUGGCUUUCUCCAGCUUUAAAGCUUUUGGCCCCGACAAUCAAACUCAUCCUCUGCGGCAAGAACGGACACAGUGAUUGGGAUCGCUACGUGUUGCAGAAGUCCAUGAGCUGGAUUGACAUGCAUUCAAUACACUUGUCCACCUUCGACAAAGAGCAUUAUGCGAACGCCACAUCUCCCCUGGCAGCUGAACGAGCCAUAGAACGAUCUAGCGCGAUGUGAUUUCGAUUAUGAGGGCCACAUGACUUGGCACAUCUCAACAGCACCCGCACAUAAACACCGUCCAACAAUCUACUUUGACGAAUGGAACGUCUGGGAUCCAAUUCGAGCGCCAGGUUACAAAGGAGCGGAAGAGCUUUAUGAUGUGAGUGACAUGCUAGCCGUUGCCGUUUGGCUGAAUGUCUUCAUACGGCAAAGCAAGUACAUUGGCAUGGCGACUGUGGC